AUGUCUCAACAGUACUCCCAGUACCAGCAGCCGUACCAGGCUUACCAGUCUUAUCAGGCGUACCAACAAGGCGUCAUGCCUUCGGGGCCCGUGUCCCAAAACUACUCGUACCAGCCUUAUCAAGCAGCAACUUCGGCUCCUUCAUCAGACACCAGCACGGUACCUUCAGUCCCUUCAGUUCCUUCAACGCAGCCUGCUACGGUGAUUCCCCAGACGAAUGACCCGCAAACAUACCAAUAUUACCCAACAGCUCAAUCUCACUACUCACAAUAUUCCUACCCUCCCCAACAAGCUCCUUCGCAAUCCCAGCAGGCUCAGCAAAUGGGAUACUAUUACCCUCAGCCACCGCCAGGAACCUACUACCAACGGUAUGGCCAAUACCCGAACUAUGCACAGUCGUAUAAAGGCCAGAUGCAAUACCUCUAUUCCACACAAGGUGGCACUGCGUCAUCGGAAAACGCGAUUCAAUCUGGAAGACUGCGUCCGAAAAUAACCACAACAAUGUGGGAGGACGAGAAGACUCUCUGCUACCAAGUGGAAGCAAACGGCGUUGCUGUUGUGCGUCGCGCAGACAACGACAUGGUGAACGGCACAAAACUUCUCAACGUUGCGAAAAUGACCAGAGGACGAAGAGACGGAAUUUUAAAAGCGGAGAAAACUAGACAUGUUGUCAAGAUUGGCUCAAUGCACCUGAAAGGGGUUUGGAUUCCUUUUGAAAGAGCUCUCUCGAUGGCCCAGAGAGAGGGAAUCGUCGAUCUGUUGUAUCCCCUCUUUGUCAAGGACAUCAAGAGAGUCAUUCAGCAGGGCACUCCAACCACCCAGGCUACAAAAUCCACAGAGGUCCCUCCAUACUCUUACUAUGCUCCUCAGCAAUAUGCAGGCCAGGACGCAUCUGACGACAAGAAGCAGCGGCAAGAGUCCAUCUCUUCGAAACCGAAAAUCAAGUUCUCGUAUGGCUAUGGAACUCAGCCCCCGGCAGCUCCACAAUACUCCAGCAGUUAUACAAACGACGCUCCUCCAAUGCAACGGAGUCAACCUCCCGAAUAA